AUGAGCAGCACAUUAACAACACUUAAUGAAUUCAGUAAUACCAAUAACAGCAGUAGUAGCGUCAGCAACAAUAACAUUAACAAUACAGCUGGUGGUGCUAGCACCUCAGCUAGCAAUGAUAAUAGUGCACGGUUAGCGAAUGUGGCAAUGGAAGAGACCAGUGAUGGUGGUGGUGUUGUUGGUGCAACGACAACAACGACGACAAUAAUCAAACAAUCACCCACAUCACCAGUGCCACUAGAUGCCACAAAUCUUGUGAAACAAUCACAACAGCAACAACACCAACACCGGACACAGCUACAAACAAAUGAGAGCUUAUAUGGCAAUCAUAGCACAGUAGCAAACAAUAUCUCAAAUAACAUAGAUGUGACAAUGAAUCCGCAGCAGCAACAGCAACAGCAACAACAACAACACCAAACCGUCAAUUUAAAGCUUAAUACACACAGCAGUGGUCACAUUUUGAAUACCGCACGUCCACCGCCGCCAUCAUAUCACACGGCCACAACGGCAGGAAAAAUUUAUCAUCCGAAUACAAAUACAUGUCAUAUAAGCCAAGAAGUCAACACGUUAACGGCAGGUACAGUAAAUGAGGGAUUGCCAGCACCACGUUUAAGUGCUUAUGAGCAAUUUCUAAAAUUGUCAGCGCAAGAGUAUACAGUAGCUGCUGAUAAUGCGGCCCUUAAUUUAAGUUCAGCGGCGGCAGCGGCCGCCGCCAUGGCCGCAGCAGCUGCGGUAAAUGUCACAGGCGAAGCGAGUAACUCUGCAAUGGUUGGCGGGAGUAAUGUUAUUUCACAUAGUAACAUAAUAGGCGGUAAUACAGUUUUGAUCAAUAACGGUGACAGAGACUUGUCGUCUAAUAUCGCGGGUAAUGUUUGUGAACGUAAUUAA